ACACUGACGAAAAUGACAAAAACUACCUACGAAAAUCUCAAAGUACUUUUAAAAAAUAGUUAAGUUAGGUAGUUGUUUUUAACAGCGAAUGAGAAGAAUUUAUUUGGUACAUAGGUACUCUUUGACUCUGUGGAGCUCAUGAUUUUAUAAAUAUCUAGUUUUACAUUCACUUUUCAAUUUAAAGUGUAAAAUUACGAAUCUUUAUACAUUUGAAGUAGGUUCAACAUGGCAACUACUGACCUCAAAUAUGACCCUCUUGAAGUGGAUGUGGAGCUGGCUAAGUCAUACUUAAAGAAUAAUGAACAUGAUAUUCAAAGACUGGUGUUGCCUGAAAUUAGUGGUGAUUGUGGAAAUCUUAGUUAUCAAUUUGCCAAACUAGUGAAAGUCAGGAAAUUAAAAGAAAAAAUCACUGAAAACACGUCAUUGUUUUGCCAAUUGGAAUAUUUGAUGAACAACACGCCCAUUGAUGUCACUGAGAAGAAUAUACAGUUAAUUGUACAAUAUCUCUCCUUACUUCAUCCAAAAUAUAAGAUAAUAGAUGAUCUGAAAUCAAUUAAAUUAACUAGAUACAUACCUUUGGCGGCGCUUGCACCAGUAACAAUAUAUAGAGAGGUGUGUUGUUGUGAGGAAAGAUCAGCAGUUUGCCAUCUUUUUGUGAAACUUUGUCGGGAAUCAGGCUUUAACAUAUGUAUGAAAAGAAAGGAGGAAAUCCGUUUUCAAACUAUUAUCGAACCGCCUGAUAUGCUAUGCACCGGAAUUAUUGCUGAAAAAUCUGACUUGGAUUCAGCAGUGGAUAUAUUCCUUUCAUCUUCAUCUAACCCAAAUUGCUUUUGGAGACUACACCGUAUCUACGUGCAAGAAAGUGUGUACGACUCAUUCAAAAACAUUAUAGAUUUCAAAACCAAAUUGAAGGGCGAAAAUAUUGUAAAAAAUGUUGAACUAAAAAAGUCGUGUUCCGACUUGUUUCAUUACGAAGACAAGUACUUUUUGUGCGACUUCGUCGGCGACGUCGCCGACCGUCGCUUGGUUGGAAUUGCAGCCAUCUUCGUCGAAGCCUACAGGACUAAUAAAGAACUUCUGUCUUUAAUACGGAAGGCUGGAAGCGUCUCCCUGUGGUCUGCUGACGUUGCCGAAGCAAACGAGAUAGCUUACGGUGUGGCCUCAAAUUUUGUAUGGAUUAAUGACUACGGAAAUUUCGACGGACCUCCAGAUAUAUGCACCCCGUUUUAUUUGCAAUGGAAUUCUAUUGAAUGUGAUGUCCCAAAACAUUUUUGGGAGAAAUAUCAAACUUGGAAAACUUACGACUGUAAUCAACGUCUUAGUAUCAUUCAAAAAGUUUUUGAGGAAAUAGAGGAAAUUAAAGGAGAACAUAAUGUUUUGUUUGACAGCAUAUCCAAAGUAAGUUUUAAUUCUGUUGAUGUUGCUGAUGGAAGAAUAUGUGUGGUUGUAGAAUCACCAGUCGGUAUUCACCUCGAGAAUCGAAUAGAGGUCGAAACGUUUCAUAGCUUAGUGAAAGGAAACGCGGUCUUAUGCAAUAAUUUGUUCGAUUUUCCGUGUGAUAAAUUUUUACAAGCUGGCGUGCCCUUGAUGUUAUAUCUAGGUUUUUCAUUUGGCCAACCAGUUUGGAAGAAAGAAAUGGUUUCAGUAAAUAUACAUUAUUACCGGUAUCAAAAUAAAGUUGUUGUGACUAAUUUUGGAACUAUUUUCGCCAAUUAAUAAUGUGGUCUAAUCAUAAAAACAUAAAAUUUUUUUGAAUGUUAAUUUACCUAGGAAUAAUGGGUAUCAUAGAUUUUAAUAAUAAAUGACAGUGAAUCAGUGAAUCUGUUGGAAUUUUAUAUUAAAAGUGUUAAUAUUUUAA